AAAAUGAUAUCUUUCUUUCUUUCUGGUAAUGAAUGAAUGGUGAAAAGAGCAGAGUGAAGUGAAGAAGAAGAAGAAAGAGCUUCAUCUCUCUCUCUCUCUCUCUUACUUUCUCUCUCUAAACUCAAAUCAAAUGUUGAACUCACAACACUUCCUCACCACCACCCAUUUCCCCUUCUCUCAUCAUCAUCAUCAUCAUCAUCAUCUCCAUAACCACUUUCUCUCUCCUCCACUAACUCUCAGACCCAUCUCUGCUCCCUUACGAACCCGAACCCGACCCGAACCAUGGCUAGCUCGAGCUUCUGAACCCACAACAACAACAACAACAACAACAAACAAUGUUCCAGAAGAGGAAGAAGAAGGUCCUGUAGAGUUUUUCCAAUCUACAGCUCCGAUUUUCGCCACUUCCGACGAACCCUCUUCUCUCCAAGUCGCCACCAGUGUUCUACUCACCGGUUCCAUUGCUGUCUUCCUCUUCCGCUCGCUCCGCCGCCGAGCCCGCCGCGCUAAAGCACUUAAAUUUAGGUCAGAUGGAGUGAAGAAAUCAGUGAAGGAAGAAGCACUUGAAAGCUUAAAGGCAAUGAGAUCAGCUUCAGUGACUGAAGCUAAGUCACCACCUUCACCUGUUCAAGCUUUGUUGGGAGGCAUAUCAGCUGGUGUUAUUGCUCUUAUUCUUUACAAAUUCACUACAACUAUUGAGGCUGCUCUUAAUAGACAAACACUUUCAGAUAAUUUCUCGGUUCAACAGAUUACUAUAACAAUAAGGACUAUCAUAAAUGGUUUGUGCUACCUUGCAACAUUUGUUUUCGGUAUCAACUCAGUCGGCUUAGUUCUUUAUGCUGGUCAGCUAGCCAUCAACUCCUUCAUGGAAGAAGAAUCCAGAAAUAAUGAAACCGAGAACAAGGGUGAGAAUCGGUCAAGUUCGCUGAGUUCAACAGCCGAGACUCCUACAAACACUGGCGACAGCAACGAAGGGAGUCAAACUUCAGAUGACUCGCAAUAACAGAACAUAAAAUCCAAAAGCUUCCUUCUUUAAUUCCAUGCUGACUCAGUCCUCCAUGUUGUAACUAAUUUACACAAGAUGGUGUAUUAUAUUUGUAUAGCUAAGUUAUUCAUGAGGUUUUUCUUAAGAUUGGUAAAUUUUCUGCCAA